ACAUGUCGUUAAUUAGGUCUGUUUUGUUGGAGAUUCACGCAAUGCGUGUAAUUGGGGUCGGGCGAUUAAUCGAUCGGUACGUGCCAAUUUAUGUCUAAGGAGAUUUUUGCCAUCGCACGCCUGGACACGCUCCAAAUAUUUCACAUUUUGGCAGAAGUCAUGUAUGUGUACGAUCCUCGAACAUCAAUCCAGUUCAAAGCGUGAAUACAAUUAAAUGUAUUUGAUAGAAAAUUACUUAUCGAUACGGUACGGUAGAUAAUUUCAGAUUUGAAUUUGAUUUUAUCAACGAGUACCUGUCGAUACUACAGUGAUCGAUGGCGUGUGCUUGUCGAUAAUAUCGUGAUCGAUUACAAAUACAGUAGGAUCACCAGUGGAUUACCCAUGGUUACAAAGGUAAAACAGUCGUAUAUGAAAAAGUAAAAUAAAACUACUAAAGUUAUUCAUUUAAUAAAUUUGCCAAACUUUUUACUCUCAAUUUUUAUUAUUAUUUCUUUUACAGAUUUCCAUUCACUUUUAUCAGUGGAAUAGAAAAGUAAUAAAACGUCGAACUUUCUGCAAAUUUCACCUCUCCAAGGAGAUAUUGUAAUCGAUUAUAGUGGAACACGUAACACAGAGCGAUGAAAAAUCCAGGCCGGGGGUAGAAUGGUCCAUAAAACAAAUUAGAGCCAAGAACUUAAAUUUGGCAUCGACCAAUUGCAGACGCCGCGACGACGACGUGGUAUGUUUCUUGUAGUCAACCUAAAUCCUAAACAAGCAUGACACUCUCGUAGCCAAGAGUUUCUCGUUCCUCGUUCCGCGCGAUGCAGGUUAACAAAGGACACAUAUAUGUUGUUUUUAUUUUUUGUUUUAGUUCACGAUACACAGCGACUGUUAGCACGUGCAAACUUCGUCUUUUAGCAAAGGUAACAAAUAGACGAUGGGAGGGAAUUUGAAAAAGAUCCAGGAGUUCCUCUGCGAGGACAGUUCGAACUACCCGCAUGCACGUGGAUCCUCAAAAGCAGCAUCACACGCGUGCUCAGUACCGAACGAAGGCGUGGACUUUAAGGAUUGCAGCUCAGAGGUCCCAGAAAAUACUUUUAGAUCGUUACCUCGAACCAAGAUCCUCGAUGAAAACAACGAAGUUCCCUUCGCGAAUCCGACCGUGACAUUGGUUUCGACGGAUUCGACGUAUUCGAUGUUCAAGGUGGAACGAAACGGCUACAAAGCAGAGAUUCGCCAGAAACGAGCGAUUGCGGCACGGGGAGCGGACAAAUCGGAAGACACGCCAUGUAUCGACGACAGCCGGUUUUAUCGGAACCCCAAUGCACCGGCUCGCAACGUUUGGUCGCCAAUUGAGUGCGCCAAGUAUUACCUCUGCUUAGACAACGAGGUGUUCGAGUUCAAAUGCUCCCAAGGUCUGCUGUUCGAUGUCUCCAGACAGAUGUGCGACUUCAAGGCGAACGUCGACAACUGCGACGUGACCUCAGAGACGCAACCACCGAGACCGCUACUCGGGGACGGUGACUGCGAGGAGAAGCAUUUGGCUUGCGGUGACGGUACGUGCUUUCCGGCUGCAUACUUUUGCGACGGGAGCGUUGACUGUCCCGAUGGCUCCGACGAAGGCUGGUGUGACGUUCGAAACGAUCCGAACGGCGCGUUACCCUGCAAUCCAAAGGAAUGCCAGUUGCCAAAUUGCUGGUGCUCCGAGGACGGAACGAAGAUUCCUGGUAACUUGACGGUAUCGACGAUCCCUCAGAUGAUAACGAUCACUUUCGACGACGCCGUGAACGCUGAGAACUUCGAGCUUUACGCCAAAAUAUUUUCCAACGACAGGAAGAACCCGAACGGGUGCCCCGUCCGCGGUACUUUCUACGUCAGUCAUCAGUACACCAAUUACAGGGACGUGCAGUAUUUGUGGAACGUUGGACACGAGAUCGCCGCGCACUCUGUCACGCAUCGUGGGCCCGAGGAGUGGUGGUCACGAAAUGCCACUAUCGAGGACUGGUUUGAUGAGAUGGUUGGUGUGGCAAAUAUCAUCAAUAAAUAUGCUGGAGUUAGGCUGAAAGACAUCAAUGGUUUAAGGGCGCCCUUCUUACGCGUCGGUUGGAACAGGCAAUUUCUGAUGAUGUCGGAAUUUGGCUUUGUCUACGAUUCUUCCAUGCUGGUCCCCUUUUCUAAUCCGCCUAUUUGGCCCUACACGUUAGACUACAGACCUCCUCACGAUUGCAUAGGUCCUGAGCAACUCUGUCCAACUCGUUCGUAUCCAAAUCUCUGGGAACUUCCACUAAAUCAACUUUUGGCAGAUAAAUAUGUCUGCACGAGGAUGGAUUCAUGUUCACCGAAUUUAUCGGGCGAAGAUGUGUACAACAUUCUGAUGUUCAACUUCAAAAGGCAUUACCUCAGCAAUCGUGCUCCACUGGGUCUACAUUUACACGCAUCUUGGUUUCAGAAUCCAAUGUACUUUUACGUCUUGACUAAAUUUAUGGACGACGUACUCCGUUUGAAUGACGUGUAUUUCGUGACGAGCUAUCAAGUCAUCGAAUGGAUGCGUAAGCCAACGUCCUUAGACACCAUCGAGAGUUUCGAGCCUUGGCGAUGUGACAAGCGAGAAUUUAAGUCAUACGAAAUUGCUUGCGAUUUACCUAGCAGUUGUAAAUUACCUAGCAGAGUACUCAAGUCGUAUCGUUAUUUAAAUACAUGUUUCGAAUGCCCCAAAGAAUAUCCAUGGCUGAGAAACGAGUUUGGAUCGGAAUGAAAAGCAUA